GGUCCCGGUGUCGAAUCGUCUGGUGGAAUCUGCCCUCAACCCUAUGGAGCGGGUGCUGGUAUCAUAGUCAUAUUACAAGUAGGAAUCAGCGGGCCCAAGGUCAGUCUGUAAAGGGGGUACCGGGGUUUAGGCCCGUGCGCUGCCCAGCUCUGCCCUGAAGGCGCGGCUGAACCACUGGUUUGCGCUGCCUUUGUCAAGGACAUUGUGGCACUGUGGAAAAAAUGAAAAAUCAACUUCUCUAACCUAUAAUCUCUCUGGGAAAAAAAAAUCAGCUUUUUUUUUUUUUUUUCCCGAGACGGAGUCUCACUCUGUCGCCCAGGCUGGAGUGCAGUGGCACGAUUUUGGCUCACUGCAACCUCCGCCUCCCGGGUUCAAGCAAUUCUCCUGCCUCAGCCUCCCGAGUACCUGGGAUUAUAGAGGCGCGCCACCACGCCUGGCUAAUUUUUUGUAUUUUUAGUAGAGACGGGUUUCAUGUUGGUCAGGCUGGUCUCAAACUCCUGACCUCGUGAUCCGCCCGCCUGGGCCUCCCAAAGUGCUGGGAUUGCAGGCGUGAGCCACUGCUCCCGGCCCUCUUUUUCUUUUUUCUUUUUUUUUAGAAGAGUCUCACUCUGUUGCCCAGGCUGGAGUGCAGUGGGGCAAUCUCAGCUCACUGCAACCUCUGCCUUCCAGGUUCAAGCGAUUCUCCCCCCUCAGCCCCUCGAGUAGCUGGGAUUACAGGCACCUGCCACCAUGCCCAGCUAAUUUUUGUAUUUUUAGUACAGGCGGGAGUUUCACCAUAUUGGCCAGGCUGGUCUUGAACUCAUUCUUCUUCCUUUUCUUUUCUUUUUUUUUUUUUUUGAGAUGGAGUUUCGCUCUUAUUGCCCAAGCUGGAGUGCAAUGGCACAAUCUCAGCUCACUGCAACCUCUGCCUCCCGGGUUCAAGCUAUUCUCCUGCCUCAGUCUCCCGAGUAGCUGGGAUUACAGGGGGAUGGAGACAGAAGUCACAAACUCACAUGCCACCAGGCAUAUGAUGUAAACAUGUAAACUGGGCCAAGGAAUACAAAAGGGAGUGGUGAGCUGGGGACACUGAAGAAUGGAUGCCCUGUCUAGAGGAGUGAAAAUGAAGCAUUUCAUACAAACAACAUGAUUUCGGGCAAUCACUUUGGGAAUCAGGAUAAGGUGUUCCCCCAGUCUGCAGAAACACUGGCAACGUUUACAAAGCUUUAGGUUCAUUCUUGUAAGUGUUGCUGGUGUCAGAAUAGGAACCUCCCUGCGCUUUGAAGGGAUGAAUGUGACCUCUCCCACAUUCUCCGGUGCUGUGAUGUACCUUAAACACAGCAAGGGCACCUGGCCUGGGUGGAGCCCACUCCUCAGCACCCACCUCACUUCUUGCAGUAUUCUGCAGACCCCAGCCCUGUGCCUGUGCUCCUGGACAGCUGGAGAUAAGGAGUGGGCCUUGGAAGAUGCUCAUUCAGGCCCUGCUCAAGAUUCCAGUCCUGAUUGCUGGACUCGCUGAAGAGAGACUACGCAGGAAAGCCCCAGCCACCCAUCAAAUCAGAGAGAAGGAAUCCACCUUCUUAAGCUAUGGCAGGUAAGAAAGUACUCAUUGUCUAUGCACACCAGGAACCCAGGUCUUUCAACGGAUCCUUGAAGAAUGUGGCUGUAGAUGAACUGAGCAGGCAGGGCUGCACCGUCACAGUGUCUGAUUUGUAUGCCAUGAACUUUGAGCCGAGGGCCACAGACAAAGAUAUCACUGGUACUCUUUCUAAUCCUGAGGUUUUCAAUUAUGGAGUGGAAACCCACGAAGCCUACAAGCAAAGGUCUCUGGCUAGCGACAUCACUGAUGAGCAGAAAAAGGUUCGGGAGGCUGACCUAGUGAUAUUUCAGUUCCCGCUGUACUGGUUCAGCGUGCCGGCCAUCCUGAAGGGCUGGAUGGAUAGGGUGCUGUGCCAGGGCUUUGCCUUUGACAUCCCAGGAUUCUACGAUUCUGGUUUGCUCCAGGGUAAACUAGCGCUCCUUUCUGUAACCACGGGAGGCACGGCCGAGAUGUACACGAAGACAGGAGUCAAUGGAGAUUCUCGAUACUUCCUGUGGCCACUCCAGCAUGGCACAUUACACUUCUGUGGAUUUAAAGUCCUUGCCCCUCAGAUCAGCUUUGCUCCUGAAAUUGCAUCCGAAGAAGAAAGAAAGGGGAUGGUGGCUGCGUGGUCCCAGAGGCUGCAGACCAUCUGGAAGGAAGAGCCCAUCCCCUGCACGACCCACUGGCACUUCGGGCAAUAACUCUGUGGCACGUGGGCAUCACGUAAGCAGCACACUAGGAGGCCCAGGCGCAGGCAAAGAGGAGAUGGUGCUGUCAUGAAAUAAAAUUACAACAUAGCUA